AUGCAGAAUCUGAUAGAUUCAGAUUUUAAGCGCUUUGUAUCGGUUCAAGUUUUAGCAUAUUUGAAAGACAAACAGCUUCAAAACACAUACAAGUGUUUCAUUGAAGAAAGCAGACAUCUUGUUAAGGAAAAAAAUGAUGUGGAAUACCACGAUAAAUCGAUAGAUUCAUCAAUUGGACUCGUCAAUAUAGUUAGAGGAUAUCUCUCGGAAGAUCCAUGGACAGUCGGAAGGUCUAUGGAAAGUCGGAAGAUCCAUCGAGUAGCGAGGGCCAUUGAGUAG